AUGGUUUUGACUAGGUCGGGGGGAGAUGUUUUCGAAUUAUUAGAACAUGCCUCAUCAGAUACGAAAAACUUUUUUAAAACUGCACAGUUAUUGACUUUUGGUCAUAAUCCAUUUGACGAGGAUGUAUUUCUAAUGGAAGUGACUCCUGCUUUGGCUGACCAGUUUCUCUCAAAUCCGCUUUUCAAUGCCGAGAUCAAGUCAAAGGACGGUAAUGACGACGAAAAUCCCGCCUUCUUUUGCACAGAGACAUCAACUCAUCGUCUUUUGGAAACAGAAACCUCUGACAUUUUACUUCCUGUCCCAGGCUUGAAAAUUCCCGACGAGGCUGAAGAUGGUUAUUGGUUGACGGAAAAGCCCAGUGUCAGUAAUCGUAUUGUCACCGCUAUGAAAUCAUUUUACAUUGAGCCUACGUCUGUUCGAGCUCCUAGUCUUUAUACUUUAAAGCAGCGUCUCAUUCCUGCAAAUUUUGCUGGGCAUAUUGAAGACGAGGACCAGGAUAUCUCGGCUUUUGAUAAUUUUAUUACAUUGGAUGAUCUCCGUAAAUCCGUGCCUUGCAGUGAGUUUGAACUACUUUAUGCGGUGGAUAGGUUGAAUGUCUUUAUAUGGAAGGGACAAUGUCGUAUGUUUCAAUUAGAUUAUCUCACUAAUGUUCUUCAGUCGAUAUUUGAUAUGGCUGAUGAACUAUCGAUAGACUGGCUGCAUGAUGGUUUCUCUAAUCCUAAGGAUAUAAUCCUUCGAUUAAGGGAUUUAUAUCCCGCAGCUGUUCUCUGUCAAGUUUUUCAGCGAUUUUUCUUCCGAAAGAGGCCUUUUCGUAACAACAUUGCAGCAAUUUUUCCACGCAAGGCAAAAAUAUGUCGUUUAAUCGGGGAAAAUCUGCUCUCAAUAACUAAGAAGUUUGCUCUCCCCGACUUCAUCUCAGUUUGGUGUGCUUCAGUUCCUCGUGGAAUGCAACCAAGACUGAACCGUGACUUGAUCAGUUCUGGUCGAGCGUAUACGGAAAUUUCUUCAUUAACUCAACAGAAAAGCAUUACCUACUUACCCAGUGAGGAUUUACCUGAUGAAUCGGUUGAUGUACGAUUAAAAUCUCUUUUCGAACGUCAACCCCAUUGGCCCCAAUCUCAACUCGCUGGCUACGUUGCUGACCUAGUUGUUGAUGUACCCAUUAAAGAACCAUGUUGCAGACGUCUUUCUAUAACUUCUGAUUGUGAACUCGAUAUUCUAUCGGAUUCUGAAGAUGAAGAUGAGCAAAACGCUAUUGCAGAUGAAUUUGAAGACAUCGAAAAAGUUGCUCUAGAUAAUCCUACUCCAAUUCCAGCAGUGAUUGGAUCUGUUCUUAACCAUCGUUGUCGUGUUACUACCUCAGCAGAUGCAAUAGAAUCCAUGGAUUAUGUUCCUGAACACCUUGGAAGGCAGAUUUCUGCUCACAUAUCCAGUGAUCUCUUGAAUAAUAAACCAAUCCCGUUAAAUCCUUACAUAAGUCUCUUUUCACCAAUUUAUGGAGACUUGUUUCUAUCGAGUUUUCGUCUUAGAGCAUGCUCCGAUUUCACAAGUUGGAUAGAAGCUUUCUCACUUUGUAAUUCUCUCUCAACACUUAACUUGGAUUCUUGCAAUCUGGGCGUAAACUACUCCGAUGUUCUACCUUGGAUUGCAAGAAUCAAAGGACUGAAGUUUCUAUCUCUUCGGGCGAAUAAUCUCACGAAUGAUCACAUUACUUCCGUUUCUGCAAAGUGGCGAUUUAAAGGACUAGGUGAAGAUUGCAAACUCGCUGUCGUGGAUGUUUCAAGCAAUCACUAUCUUGGCGAACGGGCUUUGAAGAAAUUAACCAGUGUAUCCUCUUUACAGAUGAUUUACCUGUCAGAUACUGGGCUAGCGUUGUCGACGUCUGCUUUACCUCUUGGUUGGGAAAAACGAACUGAUCGGGAAAGACUUGUCCCCAGAUUUCCAGGACCUUCGGGUUGGCUGUGGGAGGACUUUGGAGCUAUGCGAUUCCCAUUAGAAGAAGAUCUAGAUAGUCCACAGUAUGAAUGUCCUUUCGUCGUAUUUCGUCUGCGAACGUAA